UUUCUUCCUCGCUCUCUCUUCUAGAGCGUGCGUCUGCGCCUGCCAUCGCCAUCGGCAUCGCCCCCACCACCACACGUCCACCUCUCCCUCGGCUCGGCCUCUCCUGCCUGGGAUCCGGCGCCUUGGAAAUUGGGAUAUCCAUCCCACCUCUGACCUCUCUCCUGCCAACCUCCCGCAAUUGAGAAUUCCUCCUCGCCGUCUCGUCUCGUCUCGCCCGCUGCCUGCCGUGUGCUCGCUUGCUCGUACGUCGCUCUCCCUACCCGCAAUGGCGGCCACCUUCCCUCUCCUCUCCCUCCUCCUCCUGAUAAUCCUGUCCUCAUCCGCCCGCGCCGACCCCGACGCCGUGGUGUCCAGGAUCGCCUUCGGAUCCUGUGCCAACCAGAGCGAGCCCCAGCCCAUUUGGGACGCCGUCGUGGGGUUCGACCCGCAGGUGUUCGUCUGGCUCGGGGACAACGUCUACGGCGACAACAAGCGCCCAUUCCGGGUCUUCGGAAAGGAGCGCACCGUGGGGCCCUGGAAGAACGCGCCGCGCUUCUACCCUUCCACCGAGAAGGAGCUGCGGAGGCGGUACCAGCUCGCCAGGGCGCAGCCCGGGUACGCCAGGCUCAGGGAGACCGCUCAGGUUAUUGGAACAUGGGAUGACCAUGAUUAUGGAUUGAAUGAUGCAGGAAAAGAGUUUAAUCGGAAAGUGAUUACUCAAAGGCUUCUCUUAGAUUUCUUGGAUGAACCUGAAGACAGUAAACGGAGGAAGCAAGCUGGUGUUUAUGCCUCGUACAUGUUUGGCCCUGAAGGAAAACGUGUGAAGGUAAUCUUGCUGGAUACCAGAUAUCACAGAGACCCGCUAUUAAGUGAUGGAACUAUUCUGGGAGAUCCCCAGUGGCAGUGGCUAGAGAGGGAGCUUCAUGGUCCUCAAUCAGAGAUCACCAUCAUUGGAUCUUCGAUCCAGGUAGUGUCUAAUCUUUCAGCUACUAUUGGGCCUUUGUUCUAUGUGGAGUCCUGGGCACGCUUCCCAAGGGAGAGAGAAAGGCUGUUCAGAUUGAUUGAUAGUAGUAAGAGACCUGGAGUGAUAUUUAUUAGUGGGGAUGUCCAUUUCGGAGAAAUCACCAGAUUCGACUGUGGAGCUCAAUACCCGUCGUACGAUGUUACUUCGAGUGGUCUUACCCAGUCUGUCGACAACGCUGUGCCAGAAGUAUUUCAACCUCUUAUGAGACUUCUAGCAGUACUAACACCAACUACCAUGCGAGUUUUGAGCCCAAAUUGCCUGUAUAAAUCAUGCACAACAGGCCUACCAAAUUUCGGAGCAAUUGAAAUUGAUUGGAAUGCUGUACCUCCCCGGAUUAAACUUGAACUAAAAGAUGUUGAGGGUCGUUCUGUUCACAGUGUAGAGUUCCCUAUAUCUGAACUGCAGCCCUCGGGUGUGCACGCAAUCAAAAGACAACCACAUACAUUCCAACGUCACUGUACUCUCGAAACAGAGCUCCCAUGGCUAAUACGAUACCGGCUUGCUCUGAUGUUAUUUGUCACCAUAGCUGUUUUUGCCGUUGCUGUGGUGCUUCUAGCAAUCACCUGCUUGUCAAACUUUACUAAGUCCAGUAAGAAAAGCAAAAAGGAAUAACUGUGAGAUGCGGAGGACAAACCAAGAUAUGGUCCAGCUAAGCUGGAUUUCACACUGACCAGGAUCCUAUACCACAGACCACGCCUUGAGCAGGCAAGAACUAGAUGGCACCGCAGUAUCAAUGAGUACACUACCGCUGUUCAACUUGCAAAGCGCAGAUUGGAUAGGUAUAUAUGUUAGCUAACAAGGACAGUAACAUACAACCAUGUACUGCAUCGUGUAGCCUAGUUUUCUGAAUCGUUGUUUUCCGUCUCAUGUCCUCCGUUCUGUUUGUGUUUCUGGUAACUGGUAAGCAUUACACUGUUGAGUAAAAUCUUGGUGGUGGGAAUGCCCCACAACUACUGUAUGUUAGCAUCUGAACAAUACUUUAGGUAAAGGAAACCACAAUAUGGGUGUGUUUAGUUCCUCAUGAAAUGCAAAAUACAAAAUACCAAGUAUUUUGAAAUGAUGAAA